CCUACGCAACAACUCUUCCAUUUCUCACUUAUAAAACCUCAUUGUAUUAUUUAUUUAUUUAUAAUUUAUGCUUAAUAACUGUUAUUUCAGUUUCUGCUUCAUACAGAUCGGUCUUGUCGCCUUGUGCUUCGCGUCAACGACAAUGGAUACGAACAUGGCUUUGGUGAAGUCAAUAUUGAGAGAAUUUAGAGUUUCUGCGAAUUCGUUCUUAUCGGAAUAUGAACCUCUCGAUUUGCUUAUUGCUCCGUUUCUCACCUUUCUUCUCGCUCGAAUUCUCCGUUCAUUUCUUCGCGUUAUUUAUGAAAAUGGACUUCAAUUGGGUUUUUUAAAUAUAUUUACUGUUUCGUUAUUGAUUUUAUUGUUAUUCAUACGAAGGCUGGUGCCUGGAGUCAAGAGCUACAUCGAUGCUGAAAAGCAGAAGGUUGUGGAUCAGUUGCAGUCUGGUACUAAAUCUAAACGAGAAAGCUGGAGGUCAGAGUUGCCAAGAGAAGGCUUAGGCACACGAGUGAUAGAGGAAAUGAAAGAAGAGAAAAGGAAUGAUGUAGUUUGGCAAGGAAAAUGCUCUGGUACAGUCUACAUUGGGGGAAGUGAAUCUGAAGGACAUUUUGCUUUGAUAAACGAGGCAUGUUCAAUGUUUGCACAUACCAACCCAUUGCAUUCUGAUGUAUUCCAGAGUGUAGCACGAUUUGAGGCUGAAGUGGUUUCAAUGACAGCUUCACUUUUUGGUGGCAAAGAAAAGGCUUCUGGAGGAGAAAUAUGUGGAAACAUGACAUCAGGUGGCACUGAAAGUAUAUUGUUGGCUGUGAAAUCAUCCCGUGACUAUAUGAAGGCAAAGAAGGGAAUUACAAGACCUGAAAUGAUAAUACCUGAAUCCGGACACUCAGCAUAUGACAAGGCAGCACAGUACUUUAAUAUCAAGCUGUGGCGUGUUCCUGUAAAUAAAAAAUUUGAAGCAGAUGUGAAAGCAAUAAGGCGGCACAUUAACAAGAAUACCAUUUUGAUUGUUGGAUCUGCACCAGGAUUUCCACAUGGCAUCAUUGAUCCUAUUGAGGAGCUUGGUGAAUUGGCUUUUCAAUAUGGGAUAUGUCUCCAUGUCGACCUCUGUCUUGGCGGUUUUGUAUUACCUUUUGCUCAUAAUCUUGGGUACCCGAUACCACCUUUUGAUUUUUCUGUUCAAGGAGUAACCUCAAUGUCAGUGGAUGUGCAUAAAUAUGGGCUGGCUCCUAAAGGAACAAGUAUAGUUCUAUACAGAAAUCACGAUAUUAGAAAGCAUCAAUUUGUUGCUGUCACUGAGUGGUCAGGUGGGCUCUAUGUUUCUCCUACCAUUGCUGGAAGCAGACCUGGGAGUUUAAUAGCUGGGGCUUGGGCAGCAAUGAUGUCAAUAGGACAAGAAGGUUAUUUGAAGAACACAAAAGCAAUAAUGGACGCAUCAAAAAAAAUACAGCAAGGAAUAAAGGAGAUUCCUGAAUUAUUUAUCAUUGGAAGACCAGAUAUGACAAUCGUGGCAUUUGGAUCAAAUGUUCUAGAUAUAUUUGAAGUCAAUGAUAUUAUGUCAUCAAAAGGCUGGCAUUUGAAUGCAUUACAGAGACCUAACAGCCUUCACAUCUGCGUGACCCUACAACAUGUAUCGGUUGUUGAGGACUUCCUUAGGGAUUUGAGGGAAUCUGUUGAAACUGUGAAAGAAAACCCAGGUCCCAUAAGUGGAGGCCUAGCUCCAAUUUAUGGCGCCGCGGGAAGGAUACCAGAUAGAGUUAUGGUUCAGGAGUUGUUAGUGAAUUUCAUGGACAGUACAUGCUAGUGUCAUUCCCUACCUUUUGAAUUCAAUUUUUUUCUUUUUAAUUUAUUACUUUUCUCACCUUUGAUCUUGUACGAGAAUAUAUCACUAAUUAUGAUUGAAAUGGACUUCUACUUAUUAUUUUCAUUUA